CCCGCGCGGGGCAGCGGCGCCUACGAUUCCCGACCUCCUUUGCAAAGCCUUUUUUUUUCUUUUUUUUUCCUCUCUUUUUUUUUCUCUCCUCUCUCCGAGGGGGAAGGAUGGGUGGGGAAAGCGAGAGCUCACGAAAGCGAGGCGAGGAGGAAUCCCACAAUACCAGGCGGGCUGUGAGCUCGGAGCUGCCGCUGUCUCUUUAAUGCAAGAGGAAGCGAUGCGGAGGGGUGGAAAAUGGCAGAGUUGCAGAUGUUACUAGAGGAGGAAAUCCCUUCUGGCAAGCGGGCUCUGCUCGAGAGCUACCAGAACCUCACUCGGGUCGCCGACUACUGCGAAAACAACUACAUCCAGGCUCCAGAUAAAAGGAAAGCAUUAGAAGAGACCAAAGCCUACACGACUCAAUCUCUAGCCAGUGUUGCUUAUCAGAUCAAUGCACUGGCCAACAAUGUAUUACAACUGCUGGACAUCCAAGCAUCCCAGCUACGGAGGAUGGAGUCUUCCAUCAACCAUAUCUCCCAGACUGUGGACAUCCAUAAAGAAAAGGUUGCUCGCAGAGAGAUAGGCAUUUUGACGACCAAUAAGAACACAUCGAGAACUCACAAAAUCAUAGCGCCAGCGAACAUGGAACGUCCUGUAAGGUAUAUUCGAAAACCUAUAGACUACACGGUGCUGGAUGAUGUUGGCCAUGGUGUAAAGUGGCUAAAAGCCAAGCAUGGAAAUAACCAGCCUGCAAGAACUGGCACCUUGUCAAGAACAAAUCCGCCUACACAAAAACCACCAAGUCCUCCCAUGUCAGGCCGGGGAACUCUGGGGCGAAAUACUCCUUACAAAACCCUGGAGCCUGUCAAACCGCCAACGGUCCCUAAUGAUUACAUGACCAGUCCUGCCAGACUGGGCAGUCAGCACAGUCCAGGAAGGACAGCUUCCCUGAACCAGAGACCAAGAACACACAGCGGUAGUAGUGGAGGAAGUGGCAGUCGAGAGAAUAGUGGAAGCAGCAGUAUUGGCAUUCCCAUUGCCGUGCCUACACCUUCACCGCCAACCAUUGGACCAGCUGCUCCGGGUUCAGCUCCUGGUUCCCAGUAUGGCACAAUGACCAGGCAAAUCUCACGGCACAACUCUACCACUUCUUCAGCAUCUUCUGGUGGAUACAGACGGAAUCCUUCUGUGACUGCCCCAUUUUCUGCUCAACCUCAUGUUAAUGGCGGGCCUCUUUAUUCUCAAAAUUCAAUUUCUAUUGCUCCACCCCCUCCCCCUAUGCCUCAGUUGACUCCACAGAUACCUCUCACAGGCUUCGUGGCCAGGGUGCAGGAAAACAUUGCUGAUAGUCCGACUCCUCCCCCACCACCACCUCCCGAUGAGAUGCCGAUGUUUGAUGACUCUCCUCCUCCUCCACCCCCACCCCCUGUGGAUUACGAGGAUGAGGAGGCUGCUGUUGUGCAGUACAGUGAUCCCUAUGCAGAUGGAGAUCCUGCUUGGGCACCUAAAAAUUAUAUAGAGAAAGUUGUUGCUAUAUAUGACUAUACAAAGGACAAAGAUGAUGAGCUGUCAUUUAUGGAGGGUGCAAUCAUUUACGUGAUAAAGAAGAAUGAUGACGGCUGGUAUGAAGGAGUUUGCAAUCGAGUAACUGGCUUGUUCCCUGGGAAUUACGUUGAAUCAAUCAUGCACUAUGCCGAUUAAAAUCUUUUGCUUUUCAAGUUGGGUCUUGUAUUCAGUCAUACCAUGAUUAUUUACAAGGGGUAACCAAAAGCUAACAGAAUUGUCUUAAUAUACUUUCAAAAAAAAAUAUGCCCAUUUCUUCAGGCCAUACUGUUUUAAUGGUAUGAUUGAAUGUCCACCUCUCUAAGUCUCUGGAGACAAUAUGUCUUACCUGAUGGCAAUUUGUAAAACAAGCAACUGUCUAUUACUGGUUAUACUUAUUUACUUAUGCAUUGUUAAUUUUAUGACCAGCCUAAAUAUUCUGGGGAAGUAGGGUAUAAUAUUUAAUGAACCAUGAUUCAGAUUGUGCCAUUACAUUUUUCAGUACAGCAUGGUAACUAACACUACGUUAGACUAACAUAUUAAAAUCUGGAUGAGAAGUUUAAUGUUAGUGCUGGUCAUAUUACUUUUUGUUUAGGCUCUUUGCUCAUUCUUGAACUAUAUUUGUUUAAAGCAUGCAUACAAACUUAUGUAUUGAAAUAUACUUUUUUAAAAAUCCAAGAUGCUUCCAAUUUGUUGUAAUCUUUACCUGGAGUAUUCUCACUAAAGUCUAUUACAAUGAGUUGUUUGGGUCUAAGGUGUCCAUGUGAAUCAAAAAAUGGGUGGUCUUAUGUAUGUGUAAUUUGUACCCAAGUUUUUUUAAUGAGUAAAUUUACAUUAUGACUUUUUCCAUUCAUAAAUAUAUAAGUGAACCAAAGGUCUUGUCCAUUACUUUGUUGGUUUGCUUGGCAAAUAAGUUUGGAAUGCUAACGUAGCAAAAUCAUGGUUGUGUUAUCCCAGGCAAUGUACUAAAAAGCAAAUGUUUGUAACAUGAGUCUAUCACUGACAGAGGGCAAAUAAAUUAGAUAUGAAACCUGAA